CAAGAAGAAGGUUCUAAAGAGAAAGAUGGAGAUAAUGACGAGGAAAGCGAGAACUUGGGAACCAACUCGAAUGAAAACGAUGAUUCCGACGACGAGACACCAAUGCAGCCGUUAAGAAUGUACUUCCCACCGAGUCAGUACAACAAGAAGAUAAAGCUAUCGACAAAGUGCCAUAUCCAUGAAACUUUGUCUGUACUAAAAGAAGGGUUGGAUAUUCCUAUGACGAAGAGCGAGAAGGAGUGGUUUGACGACCAUAUGCAGUUCAAGCACAUAUUCCACUUGCCAGAGGACCCAAACCACAAGGUUAUGGGAAUGUGGAUGCUCCUUCUUCGUACGGCUUGCGUAGAAAAAAAGAAGGAAGUUUGGUUCGUGGUAAACGGUGUCCCAAUCCGGUAUGGAUUGAGAGAGCAUGCUUUAAUGUCGGGUUUGGAUUGUCGUGCAUAUCCGGAGGGUUACAUGAACGCGGGAAGUGAAAGGUUCAAGAAGAAGCACUUCAAGAACCUUACGAGGGUAAGAUUGGAAGACGUCAAGGAAAAGCUAAAGACGAUGGUUCCGGAUCGUAGUCAUGACAGGUUGAAGAUGAUGGUACUCUACUUUUUAGUGAGUAUCCUUGUCGGGGAGACCAAGAACUCGGGUAAGAAUGCAGCGCCCGUAGAUCGCCUAUGUCUAAGAGCGGUUAACGAUCUGGAGUUUUGUGCUACUUUUCCUUGGGGAAGGUACUCGUUUGAGCACAUGGUCAAGUCGAUCUCGCACACUAUGUGCCAUUUUGAUGGGGUAGUGGAGAACGAAAAAGCAAUUUGGCCGGUUUCGGGAUUUUGUAUCCCGAUGGAGUUAUUGGCUUUUGAGGCAAUUCCUACACUUGGUGAUGAAUUCAUUGAAUUUAGGCCAGACGCGGACAUAGAGUGUCCACGGAUGUGUAGGAGGAAGUUCAAGAAAGGGUCGCUGAAAGGGUUUCAGCUCAAGAAGCUCAAUGACGUUCUCGGUCAAACUAAGGAUAUUGUAUCUAUCAUAGAAUGUACCGAUGAAGAAUCUCAGCUUUUGGAAGAAAUCAUCGAUGAAGGUCACGAAGAUGAUGAUGCGCAUGAUGUCGUCGUUGAGAGUUGGAUGAAGCUCAUUUCGAAAGGUAAGGGUGUGUUGUUCGAAGAGAUGUUCGAACAAGAUUUGGCGGGCCGGUCAGGACAGCUUACCGAUGCCCUUCCUCCACCGAGGGUAGCCUCCAAUAAUCUGGCGAAUCAGGUCAACAGCCUCCAAGAAGAAAUGAGUUCGAAGUUUGAGAUCAUUUUUGAGAAGAUUGAUGGACUUGAGAAACGGUUCAAUGAAUUGGAAGCAUACGUAAAGAGUGAGCAGAAGACGAAGAAGAAGAAAGGUGAGAAACGAUUAGCCCUAGACGUUGAUACAAGACCCAAGACAAGGUCCAAGAUAAAGUAG